AUGGACAUGGCGGGCCAGACCCGGAUGGCGCUGGAAAACGUGAAGAAGGGUCUCGAAGCCUGUGGAGCAACCUUCAGCGACGUGGUGCAAGUUACGAGGUAUCUGACUGAUGUGGACGAGCAGGACCAGAUGAAUGAGGUGUGGUGGGAAUACUUUGGCGACCACCGGCCCGGUACCGCUACUAUUGGUGUCACCCGUCUGGCCACCCACGAUAAGCUCAAGGUUGAGUUGGCAGCCAUUGCAGUAGUUGACUAG